AUGUCACCGACGGCGUCGGAAGUGACGUGGGUGGUGGAGGUGACCAAGUACAAGGACGUCAGCAAGGAUGCGCUCUCCGUCGCCAUGGCGGAUCUCGAAACUGAGGUGUCGCGGGGAAACGGACCUAUCUCUAUCCUUCUCGUCCACGUCAUGACUGAGGUUCCUUGUUCCCGCGGAAUGGACCUGCCGGCGAGCGAGGUGGAUCCGAAGACCGCGCUGGAGCACGGCCGCCGCCUCGUCGAGGUCAUGCUGCGCCCGCUGCUCGCGCACGCCAAAACCAAAAAGGUGCACUGCAACGCGUCCAUUGAGCGCAACGACCGCCGCGAGCUGGGGCUCUGCGCUGCUGCGCGCCGAGCCAAGGCGCAGCGCGUCUACGUGGGCCUCCGCAAGAAGCUGCUGGGGUGGUCGUCAUCAGCAUCAGCGCACUACGAGGCGGGCCUGCCGCCGUCAUGUCUGCUCGUGGUGGUGCAGGGCGCCAAGCAGCACCAGUCCCUACCGGGCUCGGGGGGAGAAGCGCCCUUCUUCGUCGUCUCCCCCAACGCCUUCAUCUUCUGUCGCUACAACGCUCCCACCGCCCCCGCCUCCGCCGCCCCCGCCUCCCCCGGCCCGCUGUCAGGCUCCGCCACGCCCGACUCAGAGCACCUCUCCGCGCAGCACCCCAAUCCGCACCUCUCCGCGCAGCACCCCAAUCCGCACCUCAACGCGCCCUCGCUCCACGCGCCUGGGGCGCUCGCCAUGGCCGUGGCAGCAGGCGUGGGCACGAGAGCAGGCGCGGCGGGGGGCGCAGGGCACCGCGCGUCGCCGUCGCUGUCGCACGUGGAGGGCGCGCACGCGCUGCUGUCGCCGCAGCACGCGCGCUCGUCCAGCGCGCGCUUCUCCCCCGCGCAGGUCGCGCUGAAUUCCGCCUCGCCUGCAGGGCCGGGCGCCGUGCGGGAAGCAUGGUCGCAGGGCGCGUCGCCCAUGGUGCCGCGCGGGGGCGUGGGAGGGGCGGGGCUGGGGCCGGGGAUGGGAGCAGGGGCAGGCGGAGGCGCCAGGUUAGCAGGGACGGGCAGCCACAGCGGCGGCUUCCCUGCGGUUGCCUUGGCGGGUGCAGGGGGCGCUGCAGCGGGCGCGUGUGAUGCGCCGCCACCCCUGUGCGCGGGGGAGUGCGGGGGAGGUGGGGCGUGUGUGGGGAACGGGGGGAAGGCGGUGGGCGUAGGGGCGGAGCAGCUGCGGCCGGGGGUGAUUUACUCGUCUGUGGAGGGCAGCAGUGAGGCGCCGGGCAGGCCGGGCAGCAGCAGCGGCAGCACGGCGUUCCCAGGGGAGCUCAACGCCUCCGCGCUCUCCUCUCUGCAGGAGGAGCGGCUGGCGAGUCUGAGGGCCAUGAUGCCGGUGGACGCGUCCACGGGGCACACGUCACUCGCCGCCUCCGCCCUCUCCUCCAUGGAGGUCCCCACCCUCUCUGCUGACUACUGCCCCCCUGGUGUCGCAGCAGCAGCCAUUGCGGAGACUCUCGCCAUGCACCACCACCACCACGCGCACCACCACCACGCGCACCACCACUCACUGCUGCCCUCGCCCGCCCCGCCCCACCUGUCAUCCGCCUCCCCCAUGGACGAGAACGACUACCACCGCAGCCUCUCCGACGCCGCCCGCCACAAGCCGGGCCUGCCGCCCACACGCGUGACGGGCAGGGACGCAGCGGGCGGCGUGGUGGGCAAGGGGGGGCUGCGGGAGGCAGUGCGGUCGAGCAGCGCCAGCGCCAUGCCGCUGGACGCCGCUGCUGCCGCCGCCGCCGCUGCCGCGCUCGCCUUCUCCACGGCGUCCCCCGCGUCCACCGGCCGCCUCGCCCCGCCCCUCCACGCCGGCCGCGACAGCCCCGGCGGGCGUCGCGUGGCCUUCUGCGUGGCGCCGCACGGCGCUGCUGCUGCGGGCCGGCAAGGGGGUGAGGGGGGCGCGCACAUGGGGGAGGCCGGGGCGGGCAGGGAGAUGGAGGGCAACGGCGGUGCAGGUGGGGGCGGGGGGGGCAUGCGGUCGCUGCUGGCGGACGAGCUGGCGCUGCUGGAUGAGGAGGAGGAGGCGAGUGGGGGCGGGGAGGAGCGGUGGGAGGGCAAAGCCGUGAGCAGCAAUAGAGCAGCAGAGGCGGGUGCCGACGCACGUGGCAAUGACAACAAGUCAGAGCGCUUCCUCUCACAGCAGCUGCGCGCGCUGCAGCUCAGUGGCCCGCAGACCAUGCUCUCCGCCGACUCACCCGCCUCCACACUGCUGCCCGCAGAUGCAGCACAGGCGGGGGCGGCAGGGGCGGAGGCAGGGAGGAUGGUGGCGGAGAUGGAGCCGCCAGGGCAGGUGGGGGGCGCGCCCAGCAACCGCUUCUCCUCGCGCUUCUCCUCCUCCCGCCCCGCCGCCUCCGCCGCCGUCUCCUCACUGCUGCCGCCCGUCGCGGGCGGCUUCAGCACGGGCGGCGGGAGCAGUGCACAGAACGCCGGGGCGCACAGCAUGGGGCAGAUCGACCUGCGCGGACUGGGGGCGGGCGGCGACGGGUUCGACUGCCGGCUCUUCACACCCAAGCAGCUGGAGAAGGCCACUCGCGGGUACGCGCGGGAGAACCUGCUGGGGCGCGGGUCGUUUGGGUACGUGUUCAAGGGCGAGAUGCUGGGGUGCAAGGUGGCGGUGAAGCGGCUGGAGGGGCAGGGGUGGCAGGGGCCGGACGAGUUCCGCAUGGAGGUGGAGGUGCUGUCGCGCAUGCGCCACCCCAACAUCGUGCUGCUCAUGGGCUGCUGCGUCGAGGAAAUGGCCCUCAUCUACGAGUUCCUCUCGGGCGGCACGCUACAGGACAAGCUCGGCCCGCUAAAGACGCCCGACGCCGUGCCUCUGUCGUGGGUGGACCGGCUGAGAAUCUUCUCGGAGAUCUCGUCAGCGCUGCUGUACCUGCACCAGAACGAGCCGCCCAUCGUGCACCGCGACUUAAAGCCCGACAACAUCCUGCUGGACGGGCACAUGAUGAGCAAGAUCGGGGACGUGGGGCUGGCGCGCCUGCUGUGCGCCGAUGACGUCAUGACCAUGAAGGUGCGCGGCACGGCGGGGUACAUCGACCCCGAGGAGGUGGAGACGUGUGAGAUCAGCGUGCUGUCUGACAUCUACGCGCUGGGGCUCAUCCUGCUGCAGCUGCUCACGGGGCAGCGCAGCGUCAAGGCCGUUCACCGCAUGCUCGCCGACUGCACCGCCCGCCCCGCCAGGCCCGGGCAGCACCGGGCGGCGGCGGGUGCGGAGAUGGUGCUGCAGUACCUGGACACGGCGGCGGGCGACUGGCGGCUGGACCUGGCGGAGCAGGUGGCGGCGCUGGCGCUACGCUGCGCUGAGCGGCGGAGGGAGAACCGGCCGGACCUGGCGGAGGAGAUCCACCCCACACUCGUGCGCAUGGCGGCCGAGGCCAGCGCGGAGGAGCGCCGGCGCAAGAAGCGUAUCGACUCGCAAUUCAUCUGCCCCAUCUCCAAGGAGAUAAUGAAGGACCCGGUUGUGGCGGCGGACGGCUUCACAUACGAGCGGCAGCACAUCACCACGUGGAUGGGCUCCUCAUCGCUCUCCCCCGCCACAGGGCAGCCCCUCCCCCACACGUGCCUGACGCCCAACAACGUGCUCAAGAACCUCAUCGCCUCGCACAAGUUCCACUGA